CAGCUGCUGACGUCAGCUGGCAGCCUGGGCUGUGCUCGCUGCUCCGGACAUAGCACCGAGAAAAAUGCUGCUCUCCGUACCGCCAAGGGCAGGAAUCAACCCAUACAACGGCUAUAACAGCAGAAACAGCAAAAAGCAGGCCUAUGUGUCCUCCGGCCACCAGAUGGCACCCCCCAGUCCCAACACAAACAGUAGCAGCAACAGCAGUGGCGGCGGAGGGGAACAACUGAGUAAAACAAACUUGUACAUCCGCGGCCUCCAUCCAGGGACCACGGACCAAGACCUGGUCAAGAUUUGCCAACCAUAUGGCAAGAUUGUGUCGACCAAAGCCAUCUUGGAUAAAACCACCAAUAAAUGUAAAGGGUAUGGCUUUGUGGACUUUGACAGUCCAGCAGCAGCACAGAAAGCUGUUACAGCUCUUAAAUCCAGUGGGGUCCAGGCUCAGAUGGCCAAACAACAGGAGCAGGACCCCACCAACCUCUACAUCUCCAACCUGCCAGUGUCUAUGGAUGAGCAAGAGCUGGAGAGCAUGCUCAAGUCCUUUGGCCAGGUCAUUUCUACACGCAUCCUGCGAGAUGCCAAUGGGACCAGCCGCGGUGUGGGAUUUGCCAGAAUGGAAUCUACGGAGAAAUGCGAAGCCAUAAUUCAGCAUUUCAAUGGGAAAUUCAUCAAAACUCCACCAGGUGUGCCUGUGCCCACAGAGCCCUUAUUAUGUAAGUUUGCAGAUGGAGGUCAGAAGAAAAGGCAGAACCAGGGGAAGUACCUCCAGAAUGGAAGGCCCUGGGCGAGAGAGGGAGACACGGGAGCAAUGACGCUUACGUAUGACCCCACAGCCUUACAAAAUGGCUUCUACUCCUCACCCUACAGUCUGGCUCCAAACCGAAUGAUUGCCCAGACUUCGUUGUCACCCUACAUGCAUUCGCCUGUUUCAUCCUAUCAGGUACACAGCCCGUCUUGGAUGCACCAUCAGUCAUACCUCAUGCAGCCAGCUGGUACAGUUCUUACCCCAACAAUGGAUCAUGCCAUGUCCAUCCAGCCCACGUCCAUGAUGGGACCUCUCACCCAGCAGCUAGGCCACCUGUCCCUGGGCAGCACGGGAACAUAUAUUCCGGCCAACACAACUAUGCAGGGGACCUACAUCCCCCAGUACACCCCAGUGCCUCCCUCCAGUGUCCCAGUAGAGGAAAAUGGUGGUCAACAGCAGCAGGUUGCCAUGGAGACUCCCGCAGAACACACAAACUACUCGUACCAACACACUAAGUGAAGCUAAGAUGGGGCCGAGGGCACGCGAUGAAUCCAGCCAAGCAGGAUUCAACUGGAAGAGAUGUGUGCUCCAUACCAUCACUAAGCACCCGGACUUGAACGUAAAAAACAAAAGGAACAUGUGUUUGUCUGUGUGUAUUCAUUUUGUGUGUGAGUGUGUGGGCGCUUGCCUGAAUGUAUGUCUGUUUUUUGUUUGUUUGUUUGUUUUUGUUUGUUUUUUUCUUUUUAUGAAAAAGGACAACAGUUGCAUCAUUGGAGUUUUCUCCUCAAGAGUUGCUCAACCAAAGGUGGGAAUCUUCUUCAGAAAAGCUUUGAUCUAUUUUGAUAACUGAAAAAGGAACAUAACAAGAAGUUUUAAAAAAGACAAAGAAAAAACUUAAGGGAGGAGGAAAAGACACAGAGCAUUAUUUUUGUGCGCGUAAUAUAACAAAUUCUUAUUUUUAAAAAAAAAAGCAUUCUGGAUGUUUCAGAGUGAUUCAAGGAAGUGUUUAAACACAAUGUGUCUUUUAUUUUUUUGUAAAAUAUGCAAACUUUUAUUUUUAUUUCCUGAUGUCUGUUGUUUGACAUUCUAUUUGCAGCAGCGGGAGCAAAUAUUUGUACAGAUAUAAUCACUUGCAUUCACUUUUGCUGGUCUGAUGUGUUGAGUCAUUGUUAACCGUGGGAGACAAACCGUUUAAAGCUACUUCUUCCUGUAAUUGCUGCGGAGAUUUCUAUUCUUGCACACCAGAUUUUCCCACCGGGGAUUAAUAAAGAACUUUAUCUAGUUACGAUAAGAACAUUGACUGGUUAUACUUUAGUCAAAUUAAUAGUUUGAAACCAUUAUUUGAACAAAAGACAAUCAUUUCUAUUUAUAUUUGAAUUAUAGUUCUACUUUUUUAGAGUUUUUAGAUCAUUGAGACACAUUUAUAUGAAAAGUUAAUACUGUAGAUGAGAUCAAAUGGGAUCUCAUGGCUCUUAAUCCCACACAUUAAUGAUAAGCUCUAAUAUCAAGGCUCAUGUAAGUCACUGUUUUUUCAUGGCUGAACAUUCGGUUCAGUUCAAGCCCUGUACCCACCAUCAAAAUCAGCCCUGUCCAUACUAACGGGUCACCCAUGUUACAUCCACGUUCCUGAGAAGUGGUUUUAAGCGGUUUUUGUUGUGGCAAACCUUCAGGUAUCACUAAAAUCAUCCUGUGUCUUAGGGAUGACGUGAGCAUGCUUUAGAUCUGAACGGUUAGACAUGUGUACAAAGAAGAGUGCAGUUACUAAAUUAAGAUGUAGUUUAGCAAAAGCAAUGAGGAAAAUCAAGUAGAAGACUAACAAAAUCCCUGAAUUUAAAAGGAAAAGGAGCUGUAAGUCUUUUUUCAAUGCUGCUGUUGUCGCCCAAGUUUGAUUGUCAGUGAUUUUUGGUUUGUAGAAAGUUAAAUGUCUUGUUUGUUUCUUUUGUCAGUCACUUGAAAACCUUUGAGCUAAUUUGCCUUAUUUUGAGGAGUUUAUCUUUUAAGUAGAUUAGAUUUUAGUUGUAGAUGUUAGGUCUUCCUAGCUGGUAGAUGUUAGUGUUUUCUGCAUAGGGACUGAUGUUGUUUUCUUGUGCACAUCAAGUUUUUGUUUUUCAGAUGAAUUUCCGUUCCAAACCUUGUGUCGUCUGUCCUGAUCCUGCAUCAGGCCUGUUUGUAGAAAGCCCUGUCAGAGCAGAGAGCUGAAUCAAACGAUGACGUCAUUUAGUGCUGAUCCAAAAGAUUCAUACUGAUGCUGCAUCAGUGUUGUGGCUCAAAGAGGGUUCGUACAUAUGAGCCCGGGUAUGUGUCGGUCAGCGUGUUGAGUGGAGCUCAUGUCACAAACAAUCCAUCCAAAUAUUCUGAACUUUAAUUUAUACAGACAUCAAAAACUGUAGAUAUGUAGAUAAUAGAAAUAAUGGUUUUACAAAGGACUGGCUCACUAAACCAUGGAAGUGCCAUUUAAAGACAAUUCUUACAGCCUUUAGUGAGACAGCAAAUCUGAAUGAAUUUGUGAGUGAUCCAAAAUUCAGCAAAAACUGUUUUUAGCUAAGCCUUAAUGUUGUUUCUCUGGAUGAACUGCCUGAUCUCUCACAGGACUGACACUAAGUUGUAUAUACUAUAGAAGUGGCAGCAGGCUUGUUUGAACGCCAUCCAGUUCGCCGUCAUGUCAGUCAAGUCAGCUGUAGGGUUACAAGGAGCGUCUCUUCCUGUUCUUCAGCCAUUCAUGUUUGAAUACAAUGAAAAACACAGUGUCUUUCUGAAGUCUCGCAGUUUGAAGAUUCUCUUUUGUCUUUGUAUUUUUUCACACGUUAUGAUUUGCUGUGCUUUUUUUUUCUGUCAUUCAUUUCUGCAACCAAAGAUGUUGUAGUCACCCAUCUUUUAGCUCUGUGUCGCAGAUAGGCUGCUCUCAUCCGCAUACGAUCAUCUGUUGGGUAGCUGGAUAAAAUGCCUUUUCUUCCCUUCUGACAGAAAGAUCACAGUAAAGGUGUUUACAUGCACACAAAAUAUUCCAUGUUUGCAAGAACCUUUUUUGCUGGAACUGUCAUAUGAAGUACAUGUAUCAAAAUAGUUCAUCUGAUUUUCUAAAUAAACAGCUUUAUCAGAUUUUGUUACAUGCACUCAGUAAACUGAGUUUUCCCUCAGUAAAAGUCAGAGUGUUGUUGUGCAUGCAAUCAUGCUCAUUCUGAACUUUACCGGCGCAAAGACACCCAGCCUGUAUGAUGGUGAGAGUUUUCAGACCCGAGAGCUAAUUUGUAAAUAGUCAUUCUUUCUCUUUCCACUUGCUUCUUGUCUGCUUUUGUGAUUUUUGUUAUGAUUUAUGACCUGUCCAGAUAACACAGCAAGUUUUCCAAUUCAGUGCACCAUGAAGGAAAAUGUCAUGGACAUUGUUUAUAUGUUCAGAGAAAUUAUAUUCCAUGUAUUAGCCAUCACUUUUAAUACAAAACCAGGAUUUUGGAACUAUGAAAUGACCACUUGUUACAAUACAGUGUUUUUUAAUGUUUUUUUUUUUUUUACAAACUUGUCAGCAGAGUUAAUAUAAUAGAAAAUUGUGGUGCUCCGAAAUGGAUUUGCAUCAUGAAAAUUAUAGAAGUUAAAUUGUAGGAAUACUAAAAUCAGUGGUGUGCUAUACAGACAGUAAACAAUAUUUCAAAGAAAUAUUUGCACUUAUUUUUAGUCCACACCAAUUCGAAAUUGUUCUCUUUGUCCACUCAAAUGUAGAUUUAAUGGCUUGUUUCAUAGAUUCAAAAUGUUUUGCUGCUAAAACAGGAUUUCCAAACAGAGGGUUAGAUGUAGCCCAGUCUGGAUUUUCAAAAUGUGUUCUUUUAUUUUAAUUUGGUUGAUACUAGUGCCCUCAGUUUUUUUUAUUUUAGAUCACUUUGUAAUACUACUAUUUAUUAAAUAGCUAAUGCUAAUAAAUAGCUAAUGGGUAGUUUGAAUUGUUGUAUUUUACACAACUCAGAAAUGUGUUCCUGAAAUGACAUUUCUGAACAAGAAAUACUAAAAACCUGUCUUGUUGCUCGACACUGUAUGAACCGAGUUUGUGUGAAUUACAGUCAUUUUGAAAAUGCAGUGGGCUCAUCUCACUUCCUGCUUGUGAACAGUUUUUUUUUUAUUUAUACAAGAACUCAUUUUGUACAGUUUUGUUAGAGGAAAAAGGUUAUAAUAUUUGGUUAUUUUGCAAAGCCAACUGGCUACUUUUGUCUUCCUGUGCCAGAGUUGCUAAAAUUGUCUGUAACUUUUGUGUGUGUGUGUGCGUGUGGCUUUUUUUGUUUGUUUGUUUUGUUUUGGA